AUGUCUGAAGACCAGCGCGUAAUUAGUCAGCCAAUUGAACUACAUAAAUUAUCCAUCGUUGAUAAACAUUCUCAAGAUCAGCCGCAACACCCAGUUCAGUCUGGAUCACAAUCACCAAGAGUAACUACGCCGUUGAAACCUAAGAUACUUUCUCUACCAAUAGCAAGUCCGCAAAGAGUCACCACAAAUCAAUCACCCGUCAGCGAACAUGCAAGCCCAAUUUCAACCGACCAAGAUUUAAUAUAUAAACUAGCCACAAAACACAGAGAGAUCAAUGAAUUGAAUUUCAAGUUGGAAGUUGCUCAAAAAGAACUAAAACAACUAGAAUUACAGUUCAAAAAUACAUUGCCUCAAAACGACCAACAGAAAUUAGGUAAUCUGAACACAAAUGAAUACCUUUCCACUUUCACCAAAAAAAUCCAACAAACACUUGUAGACGUAAAUAAUUCACCAAAUAUGCUCAAGAGUAAAAAGAGUAUAAACGAUUUUUUUAACAAGGCCAAUCGUAAUGUCAACGCCAGUAUGAAUAGCACUUUACCCAAUCGUAGACCAAAUCUUUCUCCCAAUCGAUCGCAACGUACGUCAAACAUUUCUCCCUGCCGUAGUUCAGAAUCAAAUUUGGCAUCAGCACCUCCUCCAUUACCGUCAAGAAACGCUCGAAAGACCAUAAACACAACUGCCACUACUGAAGAUAAUACACCAUUCCUACAAAGAAUACUUAACAAAUUCAACCAGAUGAAUAUGGAAGAGGAAGAAUUCGACGAUCUCUUGGAGAAGAAGAAAAGUAAGAAAGAUAAUUAUUACAUAAAGGAAAAUCUGGGUUAUGAGUACGAUGAAGUACGCAGUGAAGACGAGGAUGAUGAAGAGUUUGAACCCAUGGGUGACAUACCCAUUCAUUUGUUUAAAAGGUAG